AUGUCAAUGAAGAAGAAGAAGCUUCAUAGCUUGAGCGCCAGGUGUUUCCUUAUCCAAUACUGAUAUGUAAUAUUUAUCUGUAAGUGUGUUCUGUAGGUUGGAAGGAAAGAGAGUUAAACACACUGAAGUCCAGGAUUGUGUUGAGUCUGUUGUGUGUGCAGAUGUUGGUCAGUGAGCAGUAUGCCUCUGCUAACCCAGUCAGGACAGGAGGAGUAUGUUCUGGUCGCCAGUCUGGAUAAUGUAAGGAACCUUUCCAACAUCCUCAAAGCAAUAUCCUUCAAAGACCAGGCAAUAUUUAAUGCAACACAAAAUGGACUCAAAGUUACUGUCGAGGAGUCCAAGUGUCUUCAAGCUAAUGCCUUCAUUCAGGCGGAGAUAUUUCAAGAAUUCACCCUCAAGGAGGAUGUAGUUGGGUUUCAGGUGAACCUCACAGUGCUGCUUGAUUGCCUCACCAUCUUUGGGGGAAGCACAGUGCCAGGAGUGAGCACAGCUCUGAGAAUGUGCUACAAUGGCUAUGGCUACCCGUUAACCCUGUUCCUGGAGGAGGGAGGAGUGGUAACCAUUUGCAAGAUUAACACCCAGGAGCCAGAGGAGCCUUUAGAUUUUGAUUUCUGCAGCACCAAUGUCACCAACAAGGUGAUCCUUCAGUCAGACAGCCUGAAAGAGGCAUUUUCAGAGCUGGACAUGACCAGUGAAAUCCUGCAGCUAACAAUGUCACCAAGUCAUCCCUAUUUCAGGCUGUCUACAUUCGGAAAUUCAGGAAACGCCCAUUAUGACUAUCCCAAAGACUCGGACAUGAUGGAGCUCUUCCAGUGCACUAAGACACAGACCAACAGUUCAUCCACCAUUUCAACGAGUCCACCUACUGUCUUCUGAAACUGCCCAACUUCUGUUAUCAAAAAACAAUGAAGUAUGUUGUUAAAUCACAGUGAGGACCGUUAAUGGGUAAAUAAACCAUUCUGUCAACAAGUGUACGCUUCUACACUCCUAGAACCUCCAUUCAUUUAUCUCCAGAACACUGGGCAUGAGGCAGGAACACACCCUGAGAGAACGCCAGUCCAUCACUGCACCUUCUGCCCACACACACAGGCAAUUUAUUACUGCCAGGUCACACAAUGGCAUGUUUUUGGGAGGCGGAGAAAGCGAAAAGAGAGAAAACUCAUGUGGACACACAAAACUCUGGCAUGGUGGUACACUGGUUUCCUCUGUUGCCUCACAGCAAACAGGUUCUGGGGUCCUUUCUGUGUGCAGUUUGCAUGUUCUCCUCAUCCCUGUGUGAUUGAUUUUUUUUCCCCCCUCCCAUAGUCCAAAGACAUGCAGAGUCGGUCAAUGGCUACUCUAAACUGCCCAAAGGUGUGAGUGUGUGUGAACGGCUGCCUGUCUCUCUGUGUUCACCCUGUGAUAGACUGGUGACCUGUCCAGGGUGAAGCCCGCCUCUCACUUAGUGCCAGCUGGGAUUUGCUCCAGCCCACUUGCGACCCGCAAAGAGGCAGCAUGAACGAAUGAAUGAAUGCCUGUGAAGCUGACUGACACGGCAAACAUUACGCAUGUGAACUUUUCAUCACACUUCUAAUGUGUGUGUUACUGACUGGAUCGAUACCAAGUAUGGGCUGAUACACACCGCUUCAGUAUCAUAUUGAAAAUGGAAAACGUGCGAUCAGUGCAAACUUAUAAAUAUUUUUAAUUUGAAAAUAUCUUGAAGACUUCCUGU